GCGCAGAAACGAGUAAGGAGGGGCGGAGCUCCACGAGAAUAGGGAAAAUGGCGGAAUAUGUGCAGGUGAUGAAGAGGGCGUUGCAACAGCUCGGUGGACAUGGCGGCGUUCGUGGCGUUAUGUGGCAACUGCUCAGGGUCAAUGAUCUGAAGGUUGGUACCCUAGUCGGGACUGAUAAAUAUGGAAACAAAUACUAUGAAGACAAAAGAUCCUUUUUUGGUCGUCAUAGGUGGGUCAUAUAUACUGCAGAAAUGGAUGGCAGGAACACAUACUGGGAUUUAGAUGGAAGCAUGAUACCUCCUGAAUGGCAUCGUUGGAUUCACUGUAUGACAGAAGAGCCCCCAACUACACAUCCACCAGUGAGUCGUAAAUUCAUUUUCCAAAAUCAUAAAAUGAAUGAAAGUGGUACUUCUAAACAAUAUGUACCAUACUCUACAACACGUAAGAAGAUACAAGAGUGGGUUCCACCAUCUACACCUAGCAAGUGAAAGAAAAAGAACAUGGUGAUUUGUAAAGAAAAGAUUAUUUGUUGUGUAUCUUUAUUUAAGAUAAAAACUUUUAUUAAAAACAUUUUGAAAUCAAAAUAC